UCUCCACAGUAAGCUGAGGUUGGGCAGCAGCUCGUCCUCCAGUCUGAACGACCUCUCGCAGGCCAAAGCCCCGGGGGGGGGAGAUAAGGGAGGAGCAGCUGGGGGCCUGUCUGAGGAGUGCAGCAGGGACAGAGGGACCCAGAAGAGGAGUGCCGGGGCCAACGCCACCUGGAACAGCAUCCACAGUGCAGUGAUAUCAGUGUUCCAGAAGAAGGAUCUGGGAGAAAAUGAACUCUACACUCUGAAUGAAGGUGUCAGGCAGCUGCUGAAGACAGAGCUGGGCUCCUUCUUCACUGAGUACCUUCAGAACCAGCUACUCACUAAGGGCAUGGUGAUACUGAGAGACAAGAUCCGCUUCUACGAAGGUCAGAAGUUGCUGGACUCCCUGGCCGACACAUGGGACUUCUUCUUCUGUGAUGUUCUGUCCAUGCUGCAGGCCAUCUUCUAUCCUGUACAGGGAAAAGAGCCAUCAGUGCGUCAGCUGGCUCUGCUUCACUUCAGGAACAUCAUCACCCUCAACCUGAAACUGGAUGAGGCUCUGUCUCGACCCCGAGCCAGAGUCCCUCCUUCUAUCAUACAGAUGUUGCUAAUACUACAGGGCGUCCAUGAAUCUAAAGGUGUCACAGACGACUACCUGCGUCUGGAGUCUCUGAUCCAGAAGGUGGUCUCUCCCUACCUCGGGACGCAUGGGUUAUACUCCAGCGAUGGAUCCUCCAAUCUACACUGCUCCUCCUGCCUUUUAGAAAAGCGUUUGCAGCGAUCAUGGCCCUCUAAACCAGGCUCCCCCGGGGUUAAGAACCCAGUGGUACGCUCCAAGAGCUACAACGUUCCCAUGCUGACCCCCGUGGUGGAGUAUGACGUGGACUCCUUCACAGGUGUCAGACGACACUCCGGUGUCAGGCGACACUCCGUCUCAGGGAUGACUUCCUGCUUGGAGGAGAGCAUCUCUUUGGCUGAAUCCACAAACACUGCCCCCAGCAUCACCAGCAUCACCAGCAUCACCAGCAUCACCAGCAUCACCAGCAUCACCAGCACGUCCAGCUUCCACAACCAUUCUCCAGCCUCCACAGCCUCUGCUUCACUGUCAGACACUGUGACCUUCAGCCAGGAGCCCCCCCCAGGAGCCCCUGACUGUCCUGCCAGUCCCCACCCUCUCCGGGCACAGCAUCACUCCCCCUGCAUCCUCCCAGAGCCGUCCCCAGGAGAGGACACCCACUGCACAGGCUCGCUGCAGUCAGACUCCCCCGCCUCCCUCAGAGCGCUGGCUCAGGACACCAGCUCCGGCCCCAGCCCUGCAUCCAGCCCGGAGGUCCUGAGGGGCCACGUCCCUGAGUCUUUGGACUCUGAGCCAGAGCACGAUGGCAUCUUUCUGGACUUCUCAAAACACUGUUCUGAAGGGUCGGACACACAGCAGAGUGUGGCGUGACACACACACAGACACACACAUGCAGACAGAUGCACACUGAUGCAGGACGACAUUCCUUACGCACUGGGACAAUUCCUACUGUUUUAUUGAGACUCAAAAUGAUCAGGGAUUUUUUUAACUGAAUAUUUUUUAUGGAAAAGGUGAUCACCCAUACCUAGAAUCAAGUCUAACCACAUGCUGACUCACAGAAAUAAAUAUGUUGCCUUUUUUAAAGUGUUGGCACUAGGCUAGAAACAUCAGCUCUGUCUUUUUGGGCAGCCAGGAUCACAUGCCUCCCUCGGAAGUUUUUUCUACCGUUUUUUUCUUUUUAAUUAAAACUUUGAAAACACAUGAAGCUAGUGAAAAGACAUCCCAGGGGGAGGGGCACAUGUUGAAAAAUAAUUGUCAAAAUAUCUUAAAGAGGCUAUUAAAUACAUUUUUUAACACGUUAAAUGUAAAGGUAACUCUCCAGUUCACCCAAUGAUGCUUCUGUAUUGCUUGUUGAACAGCAACUUAUUUUAUUAGUUGAUCAUUCGAAUAUUAAUUUGAAUGUUGCAAUCUUUUAUUCUGUGUCAAAUAUUGAAUGAGCUGUAUUUUCAAAGCAGUUUAAGUUAAGAAGGAGCUCAAAUCAGUUGCAAUGUGUCUUUUUCUCUAAGGACCCAUAAGAUCCAGGACGUUUUUAUUAAAGAUAUUAUGAUCUAAAACAUGUUUGGAUAAAAACACUGAUAAUUACAUUUCAAUACAUAAGUUUGUAAAAUAAAAAUCUCUUAG